ACGCUCCUCAAAGUUCGGUACGAGAAAUUUGCCGAAGCCGAACGUACAGUUCCGGAGGUACCUACUACUGCCACCGCAAGCCCUGCGAGGGCUGACACAGCUUCUGUCCUAGCGCCCACCGUGGCAUCAGAAACCCCAGCGCUGGAGCCAAUACAAACACAGCCCACAACAACAUAUACAGACACAGCAGCCACCCGUGGGAUGGCCACAGACGAGGCAGAACACACCCGCACACCCGCACAGGGGAGUGGCGACAACACUCACCCACCCGCACCCGCGCAAAGCAACCCGGCAACCAGCACCUCAACUGCACCCACCACAGACCAAUACACACCCAUGGAUAUGGACGACCACAGAGGCAGCUGCAGUAGAGGACAAGCCACGGGCCAAGCACAGGCACUGGCGCCAGUGGGUCUAACGGACCAGACACCCACAGCCAGGCCAAGCACUGGGCGAGAGUCGCGAGAGGUCGCUGAGAACACGUCCACCGGCUUUGACUGGGCUGAUGAGCGCCAACGGCAACGGCAG